AUGUCAGACGCAGAGUUAGGAGAUAAUCAACGUAUGGAUGAAAGCACUGAGGAGACGCCAAGCGUAAUUGAGCCAAUUAUCCAAAUUACUGAGAAUCCGUCCCAAGCGCACUUCAGUGGAGAAAAUACACCGCAGUUCCCUAAUGCAACUUCCAUUCACCAACAAGAAAUUAAACACACUGUAGCCCAGAGGGGACCUGCAAUAGGCGAACUCACAGAGACUCAGAAGUUCCAAAUAAAUAAACUGGACUUCAAGGUAAAGUCAUUUAAUGAUAUUUAUCAAGAAUUGUUGCAGUCAGCCGAGAACAUUAGCGGUCGAACAGUUGAGGAGUUGGACGGCCAGGAGAAAAUCAUCGAAGGAAAAUGGAAUGAAUUGCUCAUCAUCCAAGACAAACUCAGCGAGACCCUCCUGUCAUCUCAUCAACAUAUUAUUGAGACGACCUAUCAGAGGGCUUCAACGCUGAAGGAACCCUGCCUCACACUCAUCUAUCAGCUCAAAGGAAUCAUCAAGAAGAGGGAAUCAGCGAGUACAUUAACAACAUCAGGCCAAGCCAAUCAACUCAAGAGAAUCGGACUGAAACCAUUCGAAGGAAAAUACUCAGAGUGGAAGCAGUUCAGCGACCUGUUCCAGUCACUGGUGGGAAAAGACGAUUCAAUUCCGCCAGUGCAAAAGCUAGUACGCCUCAAGGAGGCUCUCAAGGGACAGGCAGCAAAUCUCAUCGACACCUUCACGGUGACCGAUGAGAAUUAUGAGAAGGCCUGGCAGAAGCUAGUGAGGAAAUAUGAGGAUCCCAGACUCAUCGCUCAAGCACUGUUCAACAGGAUCCUCCACCUCCCGAAGAUCACCAAGGCAACUGCGGAGAACCUCANAUUUGAGGAGUUGGACGGCCAGGAGAAAAUCAUCGAAGGAAAAUGGAAUGAAUUGCUCAUCAUCCAAGACAAACUCAGCGAGACCCUCCUGUCAUCUCAUCAACAUAUUAUUGAGACGACCUAUCAGAGGGCUUCAACGCUGAAGGAACCCUGCCUCACACUCAUCUAUCAGCUCAAAGGAAUCAUCAAGAAGAGGGAAUCAGCGAGUACAUUAACAACAUCAGGCCAAGCCAAUCAACUCAAGAGAAUCGGACUGAAACCAUUCGAAGGAAAAUACUCAGAGUGGAAGCAGUUCAGCGACCUGUUCCAGUCACUGGUGGGAAAAGACGAUUCAAUUCCGCCAGUGCAAAAGCUAGUACGCCUCAAGGAGGCUCUCAAGGGACAGGCAGCAAAUCUCAUCGACACCUUCACGGUGACCGAUGAGAAUUAUGAGAAGGCCUGGCAGAAGCUAGUGAGGAAAUAUGAGGAUCCCAGACUCAUCGCUCAAGCACUGUUCAACAGGAUCCUCCACCUCCCGAAGAUCACCAAGGCAACUGCGGAGAACCUCAACGCCAAUGCAGCGACAGCCCUUGAGACGAGAGAUCAGCUGAUCACUAUGACAGGCUUGUCCAAGGAGAGCGUCAGUGAGCAGAUGAUCGUUCAUCUAUUGAGGAAGUCCCUGGAUGCUGAGACUCUCAGAGCAUGGGAAUUGAAGCUAGGAGAUUCCAAGGACUUCCCAACGCUGGAGGAGUUCACCGGCUUCGUUGAAUCCUGCGCAAGAGGCAUCAAUGCUGGAGCCAAGCUGACCACCGAGCCUCUAGCACCACCAGUCAAGAAGCAUGGAGCAACUCAACGUCAGAGAAAUGCUCACCUAGCAGUAACUCAACAGAGGGAGCCAGGAGAGCUCACCAGACUGCUCCCCAAGGAGCACUGUGCCUACUGCAAGGGACCACAUUUCAUCGCGAACAGUGAGAGGUUCGUCGACCUGUCCCCCAUCAAGAGGAAUGAGUUCAUGGUCAGCACAAGGCUCUGUUUCAACUGCUUGGGCCCACAUCUAUUCUCAAAGUGCAGGUCCACCAAGACGUGCUUCAGCUGCAAGCGCAGGCAUCACACACUCAUCCAUGGUGGAAGCACGUACACCAACGGCAGAGAUGCUGAGCAGGCAGCUCCAGUGAACCCAACAAGAGAAGAAAAUCCACAGACGGUCCAACCAGGAACGAGCUGGGCUGAGUCAUCCAGAGCAUCACCAACACGAAUCAUCACCAAUCAGGCGAUCAGUACCUCAACAUCACCUGUCAUCAAAGAGCAAAUCACCAAGCAGCCAAUCAUCGAGCAGAGCAGUCAUCAUUUACCAGCUGAUCAGCAAUAUACUUUUCUAGCAACAGCCCAACAAGUGCAAAUCAAUGCUCACAUACUCAAGAAACUCACCGUCAAGCUACCAUCAUUCUCGUGCUCAACAACAUGGAUCGACCCUCCACAAGGUCUUCAACUAGCCGAUCCAGAUUAUCUAAAACCUGGUCCAAUAGACAUCAUCAUAGGGGCUGACAGCUAUGGGCGGAUCAUCAAGAACAGAGUCGUCAGUGGUUGUUUACCGAGGGUUUCUCUAUCGGCCGUAAAGGAAUCUUCAAACGAGCAACUACAAGAGCUUCUUCAAAGAUUUUGGCACCAGGAGGAAUUACCAAAAAUUCCCAACUCAUCAGCAGAGCUAUCACCAGAUGAACUCGAGUGUGAGACAUUCUUUAAGUCCACACACACCAGAGACGAAACUGGGCGCUACAUCGUAAGACUUCCUCUACGGACCUCACCAACAGCGCUCGGAGAGUCUAAAUUCAAGGCCUCACGUCAACUCCAGUCAGUUGCACGUCGUCUUCAGACAGACGAAUCAUAUUCCCAGCUCUACAGAGAAUUCAUCAACGAGUAUGAGGCACUGGGACACAUGCGCAAAGCACCAGAAGGAGCAGAACCCGUCACAGCAUACUAUCUACCGCAUCACGGGGUUCUGAGAGAGGACGCACUCACCACGAAGCUGAGAGUUGUCUUCAACGGCUCAAGUCCUAGCUCAUCAGGAUUAUCUCUCAAUGAUAUCCUCUAUCCGGGUGAGAAGCUACAAGUUAAUACCAUGAACGUAUUAACAUGGCUCAGAAAACACAAAAUUGUUUUCGGGACAGACAUUGUCAAGAUGUUCAGACAGAUUCGAGUGCAUCAAGACGAUUGGGAUCUCCAGAGAAUUCUGUGGAUCAACGAAAAUCAGCAGCAGAUCACCUACCAACUGACCACAGUCACCUACGGUCUCAAUUGUUCUCCAUGGCUAUCUCUACGAGUUCUCCAACAAUUAGCAGAGGAUGAAGGACAUCACUAUCCAGCAGCCGUCGAGGCACUCACCAAAGGUCGCUACGUCGACGAUAUCUACGGCGGAGCUGAUACAGAAGAUCACCUCAAAGAAAUCGCAUGGCAGUUACAAGGGCUCUGUCAAGCAGGCGGUUUCGCUCUACAAAAGUGGAGCAGUAAUUGCCCACACGUUUUAGAGGAAUUGGGAAUCUCAACGAGCAAGGCAAUCAUCCAGUUCGAGGAGCCUAUCACCAAAGUGCUCGGAUUGUAUUGGCAUCAAUCGUCCGAUACAUUUCAAUUUAAAUCAAAGCAGUUCGAGUCAGCAACAAUCACCAAGAGAGUAGUAGCAUCAGAAAUCGCUCAACUGUUUGAUCCAUUGGGAUUCAUCGCUCCAGUAAUCACCCGAGGCAAGAUAAUCAUCCAAGAUCUAUGGAAACUCAAGCUCACUUGGGACACACCACUUCCAAAGGAGUAUGAAGAUCAAUGGACAAGCUUCAGAGAGAACCUCAACCAACUGAAUCAAGUCUCAGUGCCAAGGUGGCUGAGACUCUCAUCGGAGACAUCGAGCAUCCAGAUCCACGGGUUUGCAGAUGCGUCAACAGCAGCCAUGGGCGCAGUGGUGUAUAUUCACACCAAGCAAAUCAACGAACCAGCAUCAACGGUAAUGGUAUGCGCUAAAACAAAAAUAGCUCCCCUCAAGUGCAUGACCAUCCCUCGACUCGAGCUAACAGCAGCACUCAUGCUUACUCAACUAGUAGUUGCAACUCAGAAGAUGCUGGAACUCAACGCAGUAGACACGUACCUAUGGUCUGAUUCAAGUGUAGCCCUAGCUUGGAUCAAGAGUCACCCAUCGAGAUGGAAGGAUUUUGUCCAAAACCGAGUCAUCAAGAUCCAGGAAUCCCUUCCAGACGCUACCUGGAGGCACAUCAGCGGUAAGGAAAAUCCAGCCGACUGUGCAUCCAGAGGACUAUCACCACAGGAGCUAGCAGAACAUCAGCUAUGGUGGUCAGGCCCUGAGUGGAUAAAUCAGGAACCUGAAAACUGGCCAGUAUCACCACUUGACUCUCCAGCCGAAGCAUCAACAGAAGCAAGGCCAACUUCAUCACAUCAGACAUCUAUCAAGAUCAACGCCGUAGCAGAGCUCCUCAACAGAUACUCAACACUAGCCAAGGUCCUCCAAGUAACAGCCACCGUGAACCGAGCCAUCGACAGGUUCAGAAGACAGCCAGUCCCUCAAACACCGGUCUUAACCUCUAGAGAACUCAACGAAGCCAGACUGCUACUUGAGAGAGACCAUCAAAUACCACGGAGUCAUCCACUAGCAAAGCUGACUCCAACUCUAGACAAUGAGAGCAUCAUCAGGCUAGGUGGCCGCCUUAAAAAUUCUCAAAUAGACCCUGACUAG